AUGAUUUCCAUGCAACGCUCCCUCUCCUCGCCCGUCUGCAUCCACUCCUCUCCCCCCGUGUCACCCACCAUCACCCAAGAUUCGACGUCUACCGACCCGCCCGUCGACAUCCAUGUGCAACAGCCGCGACCUCGUCGAUACCGCUCGCCGAGCCCCAAGCGAUCCCCCGACACGACUCAAGCCCUGCCUCUCCGACGCAGCGACGACGCCGCCCGCCGCGGCCAUGCUCAGCAGCACACACCCAGCGCCGCCGCCGCCGCCCGGAAGCCUCUCGUGGCACAGCUAAACAUGCCUACCCAACCUAGCCCGCGGCAUGCUCCUGGCGAUGCCACCGAUGGCUCGACCGACGCCGCCCACUCGACCUUUCCGAAACCCCUCCUCCAGGAUGUGUCCCAGUACACGAACCCGCACCUUUCCCCGGACAAGGACAGUACCACCCUCGAGGAACUGGCCCAUCUCGUACGACUCUCCAAGUACCAGGAGCGCAAGCGCGCCAACACCCGCCUCCGCCUCCAGAGGAGUUUGGUUUCCACUGCCCUGAGUGCCCGCCUGACCCGCUGCGGAGAGAUUGCCCAUCGCAACCUCGUUGACGGCUUCCGUAGGGACGACAAGGACAACUUCGCCUCCCUCUACAACGCCAUUCACGAUGUCCGCAACAGCUGCGACGAGCUCCGCCGAUACGCCCUCCUGGAUCCCGAGAUGGAAGGCCUGGCCCCGCCCGCCCUGGGCUCUUCGGAUAGUGUAAACACCCCCACUAACUCUGUACCUGGAGCCAACCCGCUUCGGACUAUGAUGCCCUUCCUGCACGACAUCUCUGCCUCCGCUCGGGAUACCUUUUUGGAUUUUUUGACACAGCUCCGCACCAACCCGGACUACCUGGCCACUCGCAUAUGUUCCUUGACUAGUUCCGAGUUGAAUGCCUUCCUGAGCUAUCACAAAGGUUUGGAGCCCGUGGAAUCCGUCCUUCCCUUCCAUGGCCGAUCCGCCGCGAGGUCCCACGCAAGCGCGUCCGGCCGAAGCAGCACCAGCGCCGACAUUGAGCGGCUCUUGUCCUUCCAGCGACAUGAUCCCCUCUCCAUCCUCAUCCACACUUGCUUCGCCAACUCUGCCGGACCCGACAGCUCCGAGGACCAGCGACGCACUGAGAUCUGGGCAACCGCCCUGGCCCGUCUGAUUUCCGAGCCCAAAUCCAACGGUGAGCAUUUCCUCAUUUCCGUCCUCAACAUCUGGACUGCCAUGCGCGAUUGGUCUGGCAAGUCCAACAUGGAGUGGUACCUCAUGAAGAUCCUCGAGGACGGAGCCUUCCUCUUGGACCGGGCCGAGGACCAGCACGGCACUCGAUUCAACCUGUCAGAUUGGAACCACUCGGACGAAGUUGCGGCCAAGGAAUUCUACGAAAAAGCGGUCAAUCAACUAUUCGAGUUGGUCGACGACGAGGACGCCACUGGAAUACCCGAGGGCCUUUUGGAGCUUGGAAACGCCGUCCUCCGGAAGCUGGACAACAAGUACGUGGAAAACACUUCCCGCUGGCUAGUUUGGAGAUGUCUCUUCUUUGUAUUCCUCCUUGGGGUUAUCAUCCACCCCGAGUCCUAUGGCAUGCUGGCUGAGUAUCACAUUACCCCCUAUGCCCGCGAGAAGAUUCUGAAAAAGGUCGCCAUGAAGGCCCAUGAAUACGUCUCCAGCAUGUGGAGCGGAAAGCCCUCGGCAACCUGUGUUCCCGUGGACGUGCCCCCGAAGAUCAAGGGCCAUGUGGAGAGUAUCCUCGCCAGGUUCCAGGGAUCUCAGUCCAAGGUGCCCGCUGCCAAACUCUUACCCGCGAGGUCCAUCACAUCAUUGAGGGAAACCAUGGAGGUCCACCCCUAUCUGGUCAUCAGCCCUGCUGACUUGGCGACACUGGUGAAUGCCAUCUUUCCAGAGAGGAGACCCCACUCGGCUGCAUCUGGCAGCUUCAGGUCCGGCCCGGCGUCCAUCUCCGGCAUGUCAGCCAUCUCCCAACCCAUAUCGAUGACGAACCCAAGACAAAACUUCGAGACAGCCUCCAUUAUCAGCACCAGCGCCUCAUCGGUCUUUAGCGACGCCACGGCCUCCAGAGACGGCUUUAUGGACGAAGGAACCUCGGUCACCCCACAGCGGUACUCUCCCCCAGCAAUGGACCCGGAGAUGCAGAAGCGACUGAACAAGUACGAGGACGACGGAUACCGCCUUCGCCUCGCCCUCCAUGAGAUGACCCAGAAUCUAGGAGCCGACUCCGUCCGUGGUUCCUGCCACCCUUGCGCGGAGCGAUGGGUUGUUCUAUUUAUUUCUUCAGAUGGAAAGAGUCUUUCUACACACAUGACCUUUGAUCCCGAGGAUGAACUCGACGACGAGGAGAACUCAUCAAGCACUGAUACAGAUGAGGAUGACGUACCGGAUGGACCUGAACUCGACAAGGACUACCACCAGCUACGGGACUCGAUUCUCAGACUCGUUGAAGACUACGAGAUCCCUCGGAGUUUGGAACCCGAAAGCGGUCGAACUCAGCUCAGCAAUCGCGCUUCAGGCCUCAAGAGGUACAAAUCGAAAACCAAAAUCAUCACUCCUGAAAGAUCAAUGGCCAGCCGUAAUCCAUAUCGGAAGCAGGGCAUCAAUGGACCCGUCAAAACAGAUUCCAAGAAGGAUGCCAUAUCUGGACUUCACUCCGCCGCCAAGUUUGAGCAGCCAGAGGCUGUUCUGAUUACCAUGCUCAAGGCGGCUUCGGCCCAAUCCAAGGCCCUGGCGGAUUUUGUAUCGUCUCACCAGUACUGGAAGACCCUCAACCAACUGAAUGCCCUGGAAUCACCCUCCCUGCGAGAGAAUGGUUUCGCAGUUCUCAUCAACAUCUUUUCCAGAGGCCCCAGGGAUUCAAUCCGUCGGUCGGCAGCCGCCAUCGAAGAAUACGAUGCCUGGCUAGUCUGGUUGAAGCAGAGCCAGGAGCGUCAUGAGGGACUCAUUGACCGAAUGAUGAAGCGUGUGCGAGCCAUGCGCAAUAAGAUGUGGUAUGUGACGGAUGUGCGCAACUCCAAGGAGUACACGCACAGCCGCGACAUUUGCCAGGCGCUGAAGACGAUGGGCAUGCCACGACGCUGGAAUUCCUUCCAACGAUCCCGGGCCAACAUGGCACGAGUGCCAAAUUCAUCAUAUUUGUAUCGCGCCGAAUCUCAAAUCAUGGAUUUGCUGGCCGCUUCUGAGGAACAGGGCGGACCCAACAAGCUUAGCGAUGACCAGGCCGAAACCACAUCUCUCUGGCUCCAGAAGUGUGGCAUUGAGAAUUUCUGCCAGGGUGAGGAGAGAAUCCACCGAUUCGCCUGCGAGGUGGAUAAAUGCAUCUCGAAGCUAGUUGGAGAAACCAUUCGCGAGGCACCGGUUUUGUGGUCUAGCGAGCUAUAUAAGCGCGACAAGGUGUCGUACGACCGCAUGAGGGCAAGGGAGCGAGAGUAUUCAUGGCAAGGAGAUGACUCUGCAAGCAUCAUCAGCGAGCAGGACCGAAGAUUUACCUCGUCCUCAAGCCGACCAAGCUCAUUCGCCCGGGACCUGAGGAACUUGUCUCUGCACAACCCAAGCCAGAAUUCGCUCGACUCUGUUCGACAAAGCUUGCCACGAGCGACCUCCGCCUUGUCGGACAUUUUGGAUGGACAAGAAUACUUUGACCGAGCCUCGCCAGCUCAUAUGAGUGACUCGAUGAGCACUUUCUGGUCACCAUUCCAGCCAGUCAUGUCUCCAGGCUCGGGCAAUUCCCGAUAUUCACCGACAACGAGCUUGACUAAUAUCUCCACCACCUUCUCUCACCCUCCAUACCAAGUCCAUACACCGUCUACGGCGAGCUACUCGACUGGGCGGCCAGGUACGGCGGCGUCAUCCAACGAGACUGUCUUCCAGCAGCGGGGUGAUGAUGAGAAGACGCGGUUCCUUACCGAUCUCAAGCAAUCUCUCACCAGUCUGUUGCUGUCGGAUCUCGGCAACCAAGUAUUUGCCCGAGGAUCCGAGACGGAUGCAUGGUUCGAGAAAUUGGGUCAACAGUGCAUUGACCGUAAAGACGCGCUCGAUCGUCGGGCAAAGCGACGAUCCGAGAUCAAGGAGAAACGGAGCUCUGGACGACCUAGAGUGAUUGAGAAGAAGAAGAGCUUUGGCAACCUGCGGGGCGCGGGCGAUCCAGUUUCAGACCGGACGUCAGAGGCUUCAGAGACACCGUCCAUUUCCAUCAACGAUGGCUUGGCCACAAAUGAUUCGACUCCACGACUAUCUGCUGUCAAGGAAGUGAACGAGUUUCCGUUCAAGAAAGCAUACCAACGGCUGCUCAACAUGUUCUGUGUCCACCCCAAUCCGUAUGCCAAGUUGAAUGCCCUGCAUGAGCUGGAGAACCUCAUCAUUGCCUCGCUCAACUCGAACAGCAACAAGAGGCCUCGAUGGAAUCGGUCGGACGCAGGGUCAAGCGUUGUCGAGGAGCACGCCAACAACGGCAGGCCGACGCCUCUCGAGGGGACAAUCGACAACAUCAAGGAACGUCGGUCCCAGGCUAUUCAGUCCCAACUGGAAACACCAUUGUUUGCCCACAAUUCCAGGCAGUCCAGCUCUGAGACGCGGUCUAUCAUGUCCGGUGGUGCGGCGAACACGGACGCCAUCACGAAAGAACUGCAGGCACUCUUCCGGGAAGCGUCGAUCCGACCCAAGACGCUCUUCCGCGAUCUGCAGUUCAUCGCUUCGUUUGUACCACCCUCAGUGCUGGACAAGCCGGAGCGAGGCAAGGCGUUCUGGAACACGGCUUUGGCGGCUUUGAAGCUCAAGUCAGAGGUGUGCCGGACCAUGGUGGAGAUGGCGGAUGAGGUUGUGGCGGCGCAUACGCAUGUCCGCAAGGCCCAUGCCGACUCGGGUCCAUCGGAGGUGCCUCAGUCGUCGACUGGCACGCCGCCACCUCCGUCGACAACAUACAAGCUCGAUGAUGCUGGUAAGAUGUGGGCCAUCACAGCAAAGGAAGGAUUCCCAACAGCGCAGCGAGAGUUGGCGCUAUUCUACCUCUCCAACCCGGAGUAUGUAGAGCGGACAACGUUGCCGUUGUCCAAGCCGCGGGAGGUGUUUAAGCAGGCUGUGAUGGAAAUGUAUGGGCGAAGCGAGCGAAGCCGGAUGGGCCCUGGUGGUCCCGGUGGAAGUGGACACGGGCUCGGCGGCGGUGGAAGUGGCGCGAGAGGAUCUGGAGGCCUGGGAGGAGGCCCCGGAGAUGGAAAGGAGAGCGACGUGCGUAGUGAUCCGGGCCUGAUGUGCGUUGCGGUUCACUGGAUGGAGGCGGCGGAACAUGGAGGCGACGAGCUGGCGACAAGCUUCCUGCGGCAGAACGAGUUCAUGGGACUUGGCUGA